AAUGAACGCCAGAUAAUCUGUUCUUUUACCAUCACCACGCAAUGUCAUCCACAACUAGGCCAGUCGUUUUCAUGGACAUCAACAUCGGCGAGACACCCGCAGGACGUCUCAAAAUGGAGCUUUUCAGUGAUAUAGUGCCCAAAACAGCGGAAAACUUCAGACAGUUGUGUACAGGAGAAUUUCGAGUCAAUUCACGACCUCAAGGUUAUAAGAAUGCUACGUUUCACAGAGUUGUGCCCAAAUUCAUGUGUCAAGGCGGAGAUUUUCUGAAAGGUGACGGGACGGGAUCGUUUUCGAUUUAUGGUGACGACUUUCCGGACGAAAACUUCCAAGAGAAACAUACUGGUCCUGGAUUAUUAUCCAUGGCAAACUCGGGUCCUAACACGAACGGCUGUCAAUUCUUCAUAACUACUGCUGCAUGCGACUUCCUGGACGGUAAACACGUUGUUUUCGGAAAAGUCAUCGAUGGGAUGCUCACCUUAAGGAAAAUCGAGAAUGUUGCAACAGGUCCAAACAACCGACCAAAGUUAGUAGUGAAAAUCACUGAAUGCGGUGAAAUGUGAAGAACAAUGAUAAUGAUACAUUCGCACCCAAGGAAUGGUCAUUUUGCAAUCAAGUAUUGUUAAAUGUUGGCAGUAGUUGUGACAUUAAGCAUUACUGAAAGUACCAAAUGUUUUGGCAACAAAUAAGACAGUAUGAUUCUGAAUAGAGGUUACUACA